AUGACAAACCUGGCUAUUCACAAAACCUCCUGGUUGCGAUCAGUAAUCGCUAUUGUCGCAGUAGCCAUCAGCUUGUGUAUACAUUGGUCUGGAAUAUGCAGCCCGGAGCGCGCAACAUCCGACCAUCCGAUCGACACACUCAUUCGCCAGGCAGAGGCAAAACUCGACAAUAUCUUGCUGCAAGCGACUGAUAGCUUUGAGGAAGCCAUAGCAGCAUACAAAAUACGUCGCAACAAAAACCCUCCGAAAGGAUUUGACCAGUGGUUCGAGCUUGCCAAAACGUCAAGUGCGGUGAUCAUUGAAGACUUCUUCGAUCCAAUCUAUAAUGACCUGCGCGACUUCGAUGGUAUUCCCGCUACAACGAUCCGUGCCACUGCAGAAGCAGUUGCUAGAACAAAGUCUCCUAUUUUGAGAGCGCUGGUUAUCAAAAAUGGGAGCGUGACGUGUAACUGCCAAGACAUCAAUUGGCCAUGCUUCGAUAUCCGAGACAUGUUUGCCAAACUUGCACCCUAUUUACCAGAUAUGACCAUUCCAGUCAACGGCAACGCAUCACCCCGUAUUGUGAUCCCUCACGGCUUCGCAAACAAUAGGUCAGACAAUGGCCUCAGAAGGCUUGAGCCUGGGAAUGAACAUCUCUAUGUCGUGGACGACUGGCGUGCUUUCUGGCCAAAAGCAUGUCCACCAAAUUCUGGAAUAUGGUCGAAUUCUGAGUGGACCAAUCAAGGCGUGAUUACGGAUCCCGAUUCGUGGCGUAACGUGUGUGAGCAACCAUGGCUCGCAAAGAUGCAUGGAGCGUUAGUUCGACCGUUGAACAAAAUCGUUGGGCAGACUAUCCUUCCAGUAUUCUCACCAGCUCGUACUGCUGGCAUUGAGCGCGGCAUUCGGUAUCCUGACGCUAUCUAUUGGACACAAGACCAAGAUUAUCACGCUGGUACAGAGGCUGCUGCCACAUGGGCUUCCAAACAAAACAAGGCUGUCUGGAGGGGUACAAAUUCCGGAGGAGGACAUGAUGCUGGGAACUGGCACGAAUUUCAUCGUCAUCGCUUCGUUGCUUUGACUAACAGCACCUACUUGCAGUCCGUAGCGGGCAACGAGACACAAGACUGGGCGGGCUUCUUAAACCUUCCAUCAAUGGAGCAGAGACAUAUCCAAAUGGCAAAGAACUACUUUGACACUGGUUUCAGUGUUCUCACCUGCCAUGACGAUGCCUAUCGCGGAGCUAAUCUUCCUUGUUCAUACACCGAUGCUCAUUUCCGGUCCGUACCAUGGAUGUCACUGCACGACAUGUUAACAUCUUUUCGAUACGUUUUCGAUAUCGACGGAAAUAGCUUCAGCGGGCGAUUUCAUGGUCUUUUACUUUCAGAGUCUGUAGUACUCAAAGCUACCAUCUACGAGGAAUGGCAUGACUCUCGCAUCAUUCCUUGGCUUCAUUUUGUACCUCUGUCCAAUGGCUUUGGGAGGGAUAUUUGGACCGUGAUGGAAUACUUCUUGGCACACGAAGACAAAGCAGCGGCAAUAGCGCAAUCAGCGCGCUCCUGGAGUUUGAAGGUCCUCAGACGCGAAGAUAUGGAGCUUUAUCUCUUGAGACUACUUCUUGAAUGGGCCCGGCUACUGGAGAUAUGA